AAAAAUAAAAAAUAAAAAGUGGAGCUUCGGGAGAAAACUGAGACUAUUUGGCUAUGGCGACGCCGCUGCUUCAGAAACCCUCAAUCCAGAAGCAGAAGCUUUGAAUACGUCCAUUUGCAGGCAAGUCGUUUAUCAUUUCCCAACACAACUUGUAUUUCUAUCAAACAUGAUUGCAAUUGCACGCAGGAAUCUCUCCUGUUUAUGUAUAAACCCUAAUUCAUUUCUCUGCAACUCCAAUGCUCAUUUAUUCCCGUCAUUCCAUUUCUUCUCCACUUGGACGGUGAAAAAACUAAUCCCUAACCCUGAAAUCUACGAUCUAUUGCUCAACAAACACCAAUUUCCUCCUGAUUUAGCUUCACUAGCUUCAUCGUGUUUACCUAAAUCUAGUAGCCCCAUAAGAGCUGAUUCAGUAGUGUCAUUCCUCAAAGAGAACAGCUUUACGGCUACUCAGCUGCAGAAAGUCGUCACAUUUAAUCAUUCUCGAAUUCUAGGGUUUACUAUCGAGAGCAUGAAUUUCAAAUUCAAUGUAUUCCAAAAUGUAGGCCUUUCCCCCAUGGAGAUUGCCAAGGUAGUAUCCGAAAAUCCGGUUAUUUUACAUUCAAGUUAUGAGAAUAGGAUCAUUCCCAAAUUAUCGACGCUAAAGUGCUUGCUGGGAUCCGAUCAUGAUCUGGCCAGACUUUUGAAACGAUGCAGCUGGUUUCUGUUAGUCGAUUUGGAGAAAACCUUAAUGCCAAAUAUGGAAAUCUUGAAGAGCUGUAGCAUACCAAUGAAGCGUAUCCUUCAUUUUCUUCAUCUUCGCCCGAGAUGUUUCUUGGUCAAGCCGGAUAUUAUGCGGAAAUCUGUAGUCAGGGCCAUAGAAUUUGGGGUCCCUUGGACUUCAGGCGUUUUUAUCCAAGCUGUGAAUCUUUUCACUUAUAUGAGUGAAGGGAUGUGGCAAGUCAAGGUGCAAACGCUCCGCGAUUUGGGACUUUCUGAUGAUGAUAUACUCACAAUAUUUAGGAAGCAACCAUUGGUUUUUUCACAAUCUGGGAAGAAAAUGAAGAAUGUCACAGAGCUUCUGCUUGCUACCGGUAAGUACGAUGUAUCAAGCAUUGUCACUUGUCCAGUAGCACUCAUGUGCAGUAUGAAGAAGAGGCUUGAGCCGCGUCUGCAAAUACUUCGACUCUUGGAAAGUAGGAGUCUGAUUGAAAAGUGGCCAGCACUUUCAACUGUUGCUAUAUUAACGGAGGAUAGAUUUUUUGACAGAUUCGUUAAGCCUUAUUGUGAUGAGCUUGGCGAAGAACACAUCACAAAGAUAUAUGUCGAAGACAGAAAGCGAUGAAGCUUUGUAAGCAACGAUUUUCGCCUUUGCAAUCGGAAGCUCAAAGUUUUGGUCCCUGUCCUGCUGUGAGUUUGAAAGCAUACUGUGAUGAUGCGGCGUCGGAGGGUUGAUGAAGUUGGGGAAGGCCUUGAGCUAGCUAAAGAAGCCAUGGUGAUUCAAAUGGAUUGUAACUUUAUAUUCUAAACUUUCUUAUAUUGGAUGCAUUUUUGAAGCAAUUGCAGUAGAGUUGGAGGUGACUGGAUUCAGUUGAGUUUGGAGGAAUGAAUAUGAAUUUUUUUUUUGUAAAUCAGUAGGCGAAAUAUGCUGUUGUGAAUCCUUGUGGCUUUUGCCAGUGUUUCUCAAUUUCUCAUCUAAUUAAUGGAACUUCCUUCUAUUUCUCAAGA